GAAUUGUAAGAGCCAAGAGGUGAGUAAGAAGAAGCAAUAAAAGGUCUAUUUUUCAGACAACCCAAAAAAGCUCUCUCAUUUUCAACCGGCGGUAAUACCCUGUUCAUCUAUCCUCUCUUCUUAAGAGGCUUGAAGGGCAAAGAACAUUCAAAGUGUUGGUGCAUAUUAUAUAUAUAUAUAUAUAAGUAAAGGCGAAACCUUGAGAGAAAGAAGUUUCCAGUGCCUCAAACUUGAAGUGGUGUUUUUUUUUUUUUUUUGUUAAGGCAUGUUAUUAUUAAUGGAGGAUAGGAUACUAUCAUACUACAUGCAUACAUGGGAAUAGGAUGGCUCUCUGAUCAUGUUUACAAGUGUUUUUGCUUGAUUCUGCUCCUUAUACAACAAGGUUGGUUGGUGUGUUUUUGGGUUAAUGGGUGGUGAAUAUUUCUGGGAAACGGUGCCACCUACGGCCACAGUGGAUCCAUUGAGUUUAGAGAGGGAAGAGCAUUGGAGACGUUUCGACAACUCGGUGAAUGCGGUGUCGUUUGGGUUUGUAGCUACUGCAAUUCUCAUAUCAAUGUUCCUUGUUAUGGCUAUCUUCGAGAGGUUCCUCAGGCCAACUUCCGAUACCUCUACAACCCCUAAUGACCUUGAGUCUCACAAUAUUUUCAAUGCCAAGCUUAAUUACCCUUCUCCCAAAAUGACAGUUUAUGCGAGUGAAGUAUCAGUUUUAAUGCCUGGUGAGGAAACUCCUACUUUCAUUGCACAUCCUACUCCAGCUCUGCUGCCAUGUCCACCAGACCGUGUCUUGAGACCUCUGCAUCAACAGAGCCAAAGCAUUGGUGUGCCUUCAAGCUUAAGCUGAUGCUGCAACUGAGACAAGAAGCAUGCAUGGAAUGGAAAAAAAGCACCAGGAUAUUUUUAUAUUUGUACAUUUGCAUUUUAAGAAAACUGACAUUUUCAUUUGCUGCCUUUUUUUUGUGACAAACGAGAGGGAAUUCACAAAAGGAAAAUUUGCAAUA